AUGACUUCUUCAUUAGUAACCUCAAGCUUAAAGUCUUUAACUAUCGCGAAAUCAUCAUCGUCGACCCUUUUUUCUCUUCCUUCAAUCUUCAACAUCUCUUCCUCCAAACCUCGCCGCUCUAAUUUUCCCCUCCUUACACGACGACCCAUUAACCUCCCUCUCUCUCUCAAACAUCAUAAUCUCUCUCCUCUCGUUACCUUCGUUUCCCAAACUUCGGAUUGGGCAGAGGAAGAAGGUGAAGAUGCUUCCGUCGCCGUUGAGGAAGCCAAGUUGUGGGAUGGAGAAGAAGAAGACACGAGUGGGACUGAAGAAGACGGUGGUGGGUUUCAAGAGCCACCGGAAGAGGCUAAACUGUUCGUCGGAAACUUGCCGUACGAUGUUGAUAGCCAGGCUUUGGCUAUGCUCUUUGAGCAAGCUGGUACAGUUGAGAUUUCAGAGGUUAUAUACAAUAGGGACACCGACCAGAGUCGCGGAUUCGGUUUUGUAACAAUGAGUACCGUUGAGGAAGCAGAGAAAGCCGUUGAAAAACUCAACCGCUAUGAAGUGAAUGGGAGGCUUUUGACUGUAAACAGAGCAGCUCCUAGAGGAUCAAGACCAGAACGCGAACCUCGUGUCUACGAAGCUGCGUUCAAGAUCUACGUUGGGAACCUUCCAUGGGAUGUAGACAACGCUCGUCUACAACAAGUGUUCAGCGAGCACGGGAAAGUAGUCGAAGCUCGAGUUCUUACCGACAGAGAGACGGGUCGUUCACGUGGGUUCGGUUUUGUUACAAUGUCAAACGAAACCGAAGUCAAUGACGCCAUUGCUGCUCUUGAUGGACAAAAUUUGGAAGGCAGAGCUAUUAGAGUCAACGUUGCUGAGGAACGACCAAGGCGUGGAUUUUGA